AUGUCUCUUUCAUCACUCCUUUCGGUCGCGGCAUUGGUGGCCGUGGCCAACGCACACGGUGCUAUUAUCAACGCCCAAGGUCUCGCUGGCUCGCCCCCUAGUGUUGGUUUCGCAGUUGACAAGUCCAUCGCUCGGAACUGCACGACCAUCUCUCCCUGCCAGCUGGACGCCACCAUCAUCCGUGACGCCGAGAUCAAGGCCAACAUCGUCAACGAGUGCGGGCGUACCGAGCUCGCCGGCAACAUCGACGUGGGUGAGAGCACCGAGGCCGCGCUGCGGUUAGGCCAGGUCACCCAGGUCAAGGCCGGCAGCAAGAUCACGGUCACCAUCCACCAGGUCAACGCCGAUGGAGCGGGUCCCUACGCCUGCGACCUCGACGAGGAGAGCAACGCCGGCAUAAUCAGCCAGAACCUGACCGUGACCAACAACGUGCCCGGAGUCAACGGCUUCUCCGAGGCCAAGGCGCAGGACUUCAACAUCACCGUGACCAUGCCUGACAAGUUCACCUGCACCGGAGCCUCGACCGGCAACGUCUGCACCGUGCGCUGCCGCAACAACGCCGUCGCCGGGCCCUUCGGCGGCUGCUUCGCCGUGCAGCAGACCGACACCAAGCCCAAGAGCAACACGCCCCAGAACAUCGCCACCCUCCAGAGCCUCGACGACGUGAUGGCGCAGAUCGAGCAGAACAAGAAGGACCUGCCCGCCGCCGUCAAGGCCAACCAGAACGCCGGCUCAAAGGAGGGUCUGCAGAACGCCGCCGCUGUUAGCGCGCUGCUCGGCCAGUCCGCGGCGCCCAGCGUCACCCAGAGCGCCAGCCCCGUCGCCACCUCUGCGGCGGCCGGCAACGGCAAGGGAAAUGGCCGGAACCGCGGCAAGGCGAACGGCCGGAACCGCGGCAAGGGCAACGGCAAGAACAACGGCCAAACCAACAACGCCGGCCAGCAGGGCAACACGCAGAACAACGGCCAGCAGGGCAACGGCAGGGCCAACAACGGAGGCAACCGCAACGGCAACAACCGCCAGCAGCAGCAGCAGCAGCAGCCGCAGAGGAGGGCUAGCUUUUUCCGCAGCGCCAAGCGAUAUGUCGUCGACUACGACAACGGCAGCGAUGCCUAG